UGCGCCAUUGCAUGUGUACUGAAAAUGAGAGUGCUAAGUAAUCAGUUCAGUAAUCAGUUUUAUGUUUACUCAAAACUAGUCCAGUGUGUUUUGGUAAACGUAUUGUGAUAACGGUCUUCACUCUCCUGUGAUUCUGAUUCGUUUUAUAUCCGCUGUCAUCAUUGCGGUCAUAUUGUGCCGACGCAAAGUUACGCUGUAUAUCGACCACGCGCUGCCCAAUUCAGUGCCUGCUAAAACUUACCCAUGAGAGAUACCGAUUACCGUUAUAUCGUUAAAAAAAUUGUUAUUACUUACGACGAAGAAAGGAACUAAGGAGCUCAGUCACAAUGGCUUACAAUUUCCCAGGAAUGCCAGCAACACCGAUCCCUCCGAUGGGAAUGGGGCCAAUGGGACCUCUGGGCCCGAUACCUGGACCACAGGGAUUUAUGGAGUUAACAGCACAAACGGCAAUGGGUCCCGGAUUUCCACCCCUUCCACCUGCCAUUACAAUACCAGGGAUGAAUGAUUCCCCCUUAGAGUUUAGUACGAAUAAAAAUCAACCUCCAAUUACCAGAGAGAGCACCGAAGACAACAAUGACAGAAGAAGUGAUAAAAGUGAUACUAGGAGAGAUAGAGACAGAGAUAGAGAGCGCGGCGAACGAGAACGGGAUAAUCGCGAGAUUGGAAGAAGAUUGAGAAAUGAGCGAAGUGACAACAGGCGUGAUCGUGAAAGAGAUAGACGAGAUGAUAGAAUUGAGAGAGACAGAAGAGAUGACAGGCGAAAUGAAGAACGGAACACUUCGAACUCUAACAAUAAUAACUGCAAUACAAGCGGCAGUGAUAUGCCAUCAUCUAAUACCAGUACCAGUAGUACGUCGCACACGCCAAACAUGGGAUCUCAGAUGGAGCCACCGACAGGAGUGUGGGGUAUGGGCGUAGGCUAUUCUAUGAUGGGAAUGGGACCUAUGGGUCCAAUGGGUCCAAUGAUGCGUGAGAUGGCUAUAGGACAUCAUAUGGGUCACGGUUAUGGGCCAAUGGGAAUGGGAAUGAUGCCACACGACGGAGGGAUGCUAGGUGCUCAGAUGUUAGGCCCUGAUCAAAUAAUGCCAGAAGCUACGGCUCAGAUUAUGACUGGAGCGCUACCACCUCCACCUGCAAAUUCUCAGGGAACGAAAGAGAUAAUUCAUUGCAAAAGUUGUACUCUGUUUCCACCAAACCCGAACGCACCACCACCAACCACGAGAGAAAGACCUCCAGGAUGCAGAACUAUUUUUGUUGGAGGUCUUCCAGAGAAUAUUACUGAAGCCGUUAUCCAAGAGAUAUUUGAGCGAUGUGGCGAGAUCACGACAUUACGACUUUCAAAGAAGAACUUUUGUCACAUUCGAUUCGUUUUAGAAGCUAGUGUUGAUGCAGCUAUUUACCUUUCUGGAUACAGAGUGAGGCUUGGUUCAAGUGGAGAUGCAGCUAACACUGGACGGCUCCAUGUAGAUUUUGCCCAGGCAAGGGAUGACCAAUAUGAAUGGGAAUGCAGACAAAGGCAGUUGCAGCGAGAGCAGCGGCACAGAGAAAGAGUAGAAAAAGAAAGACAACGACCACCCUCAAGUCCACCACCUGUGGUUCACUACACGGAUCAUGAGGCAUCUAACAUAUGUGAAAAGAUCAAACAGGAUGACUCCUUCAUGAAAGCAGUACAAGUGGUAGUGACUUGGCUGGAACGCGGUGAUUGUGUCAAGCGAAACUCAAAUACAUUCUACUCAAUGAUACAAUCAACGAAUUCACAUGUGCGCCGACUGCUUACGGAAAAGGCAUCUUAUGAGGAAGAACUCCACAAAGCCAAGGAAUUGAUGAAGGGCCGGAUGCAGGGUCUGCUGAUUCAAUUCAGUCAGAUUGAACGUGUGUUCACGGCGGCGAGUCACAAGAAGGUUUGGGACCACUUCACCAAGGCUCAAAGGAAGAAUAUUGAGAUGUGGAAGAAACAGUCUUCGGAAAUCAAAGCAGUGCAACUAGAAGAGGCAUUGAUGGAAGGUGAAGGUGAGAUGGACGUCUCGGAUUCCGAGGAUGAACCUCAACGGAAAAAGUCACGCAGUCUAUCUGAUGCUAAUGACGACGUUGAACGGUUGCAAAAUUUGAAGGAAGAGAAUGAUAGUCUGCGAUGUCAAUUGGAAGCAUACAAAAAUGAGGUGGAUCUCCUCAAAUCUGAGACUAAAGCAGAACUUGACGCAAAGGACAAGCAAAUGAAGAUGUUGCAGCAAACCUUGAAAGGAAUGCAAGAACAGCUUGUACAAUCAAAGAAACAACAGGUUCAAGAUGAUCAAAAGAUCAAGGACUUGACGGGAAAAUUAAAUGCGACGAAAAAGGAGGAUCCUGCAGAAAGUGAAAUAAUUACUUUGGACAAGGAUGAUGACAUUAAUGAAGAGCCAAGGAUCCCAAAACCACCGGUACUCCUGCCUGGAUGUGUACCUGUUAAUCAACGAGAUGCUAAAUUAAUCGGUUUGAUAGCUACUUUUCUACAUAUUCAUCCCUUCGGUGCAAGUGUCGAUUAUGUAUGGUCAUAUUUACAAAAGAUGGAACCAGGACUUAGACCAAACGACGUUGAAAUCCUAAUGCAACGAUUUCCACAAGUCUUCAAACAAGAACUCUCCGGUAUUGGUGCAAACAUGGAAAGGCGCUGGCAAUUUUCUGGUUUUAAUGUUCACCGCGGGCACUGAAGUCCAUUGUAAAUGGUUUUAGAUAUUAUCACGGACAGUAGAUAAGUUAAUAAUAUUGACUUAGACGAUUGAAGAUAUGCUAAAGGCGAGCAAUUCUAUGAUCCUAAGUGAACAUACCUUCUGAUGGGUGAGAAUCGAUCUAGGAUCCGAAGGCAUGAAGCUUGGUUUUUUCUAAAUU